AUCUUCCUCCAGGGCUUCAUGGAAACAAGCACAGUGGCCUUCAUCUUGGAGAAUGCAUCAACAGUACGAACAAAUGCCAACCAUUCCUUGGUAGCCAUAAGGCCCAUGAACUUAACCAUUGCCUGCUUUAUCUCUUUGUCUUUCCUGGUGGGGACAGCUGUGAACGGGCUCUUUCUCUGGGUGCUGGGUGUGAAGAUGAAGAGAUCAGUGAACACCCUCUGGUUCCUCCACCUGAUUCUCACCCACAUAAUCUCCUCUUUGAACAUGCCAUUCUAUGUUGCCUACAUUCUUCUUGGUUUCCACUGGGCCUUUGGCACAGUUACCUGCAAGGUCAUGAACUCAUUGGGUUCUCUGGGGAUGUUCAACACUGUCUUUCUUCUCACCAUUGUCAAUCUGGACCGCUAUCUCCUCACCUGCCACCCCAUCUGGUCCCAGCAUAACCGCACAAUCUCUCGAGCACAGAGACUGGUCAUAGGAGUUUGGCUUGUGUCCUUAGCCCUGAGUGCCCCUUACUUAGCUUUCAGGGAAACACGAGAGGUAGAGAAUGGCAGGCUUGUGUGUGACAAUAACUAUGCUUUUUCAAAUGACUGGGAUGAUGAGAAGACGAAAGACCUAAGGUAUCGUGUUCAUUUUGCUUUCUUUGUGACUCGGUUUCUCCUGGCCUUUCUGGUUCCCUUCAUGAUCAUCAUGGGCUGCUCUUAUUGUAUAGGCCAGGAAAUGAAGAAGAAAAGGUUGGUGAGGAGAACUAAGAAACCUUUCAGAAUCCUUGUGGCUUCUGUGGCAUCAUUCUUCAUCUCCUGGCUUCCUUAUCACCUCUACCAGGCUUCAGUGCUCCUUGAGGGACCUGGAAUGGUGGGAAAUGUACUGAAGCCAAUCUUCAUCACUGGAGCCUGUUUCAAUUUUUGUUUCACACCCAUCCUCUACAUCUUCGUCGGGGAGAAAUUCCAGCAGGUCUUUAAGACAUCGAUUCUUGCUCUAGCUCAGAAAGCUUUUCUAGAUGAACCCAUCACAUCUGCCUACAAUAUAAAUUCGACAGAAGGAGUGGGGAAGGAAACUGUUGACAGGAACAGCUUGGUGCUGACGGUGACUUAA